AUGGCUGCAACUCAGACUCGACCGUACAGACGAAUUCUCACCUCGGCUCUACACCGGAGAUUUGUUCAUGCGUCUGCGCUUUCACUCCUGGUGUGUUACAUUAUCGCAAUUGCGAUCGGUCAGAAGUCAUCCUUAUUCUGGUCAUGGUUCCCAAUUGGUAGCUGCGGUGUCCGAACCGCCCUCAUCUUCAUUUCGUCCCUUGCUAUUUUCGUGCUGCGCGUCGGUCAAAUGCACAUCGGUCAGAGAACAGCCAGUUCCUCAUUCGGAAUCUUCAAGUCCUUCUCUAUCUUUCAAAUUGCGCAAACCUUCGGCUGGUACAUUUUCUCCGCUUGGUGGUUCACCGUGGUUUACGUUUGGUCGUCUUCGCUCGAUGCCAAUUUGCAACUCGUCAAACUUGGAAAACCACACGAACGCCCGACUCUAAACGAACGCCCGAUAUACCUCCAUUCAUUCCACAUUGUCCUUGCAUGCGUCCAAGCAGUGUGCCACCUCUACUACGAUUACGAUCGUGUUCCUGUUCCCAUCGCAGAGCGGAGCACAAAUUCAAAUGAAGAUCGUACCCACCCAGUACAGCCAACCGCUAAGUGUCUUCAGCGCGCUCUACCGCAACAAUUGGCAGACGGGGCUCUCCGGGGCAUCACUGUGGCAGCUGCAACCCUCGUCGUGUACCCUAUCUUUUUCCGACAGGCCGCUUGGGGUUGGUCUUUGUACUUGGCUAAGUUAUUUUGGAGCUUCCAAAGGUCGGCAGCUGAGCCCUCAAGUUUUGUCCCCACAAUCUUCCCAUACUUUUUCUUCCGAACCCUGCUUCCUGGUCUCCUCCUUGUCACGUCCUGGCAAUGCUCUAACCUCUUUUACUCUAUUUUCAUUGGCAAAGAGCCACUAAAGCGGGGCCAACCACUCACAUCAGACGCCAAGGACCCGAAUGGCAGUCUACUCAAUGGACUCAACGCGAAGAAGGAGGUGGUGAAGACUUUCGCACUCUGGGAACUUGGUUUGAUCAGCCAACGCAUUCCCGAUCGCCGGAAGACAAUCUUCAACGAAAUUGAUCGCGAGCAUGGUUCGGCAUGGUCACAGGUUUUUGCUUCGAUCACUGAAGUUAUCCAAGGUGUGAACAUUCGCAUCGAAGAAAGCAAGAACCCUGCUCUUUCCGCAAAGCCAGUGCCGCAGGCCGAUAAGCCGGAGCCUGUUCUCCACAACCUCCCGCGGUUGACCGACCCGAUCAAAGAUGAGAAUAUCUUCACCUCUGCUCCAAAGGCUACUUCUCGCCAGGACAUAUUUAGUGAUGCAUUUAGCUCAACCGCCAAAUCGUUUGGUCAGUCAGAAGACUGGACACCGACUGCGCGAGCCCGGGUCCGUGACGUCUUCGAUCGUGCAUCCUCAGCCGUCCUCAGCCCCGAACAGAAACAGAAAUAUCUCGCCUCUACCCAGAAGUUCAAGCUUCUCACUGGGGGGCCCUCUGCGACCUACAAACCAGAGAAUGUCAACCCUAUUCUGGUUCAGUUCCUUCGCUCGCCCAUUGGUCAACCGUUCCGACAAACUUAUGCUCAGCGCCUGCGUGCUAUCGUAUUUGGAACACCCGAGUCCUCCUUGUGCUCUAUCGUGGACGCUGUGGAGUGUCUAACUCGUCUGCUCAUUGCUAGUUUGGCAGAGGAUCCAUUUGGCAAGGUCCAGGCCAAUUUGCCAGCUGCAGUUCGACUUCUUACGCAAACCACCCUUUCAUUGGAUGCAUUCGUCCACCAGGGUGGCCUGGAUGCGCAUUGGACCGAUGUCAAUUUCCCGCCAUCCAGUGAUCUCAAGGCGCAAGAGGAGGCUCGCAAGGUUCCGGAUGUUGAGGUUCUGUUGGCUUCGCUUCGGGGCAGUCUCCAUGAACUGCUGACAGCCUUCAAGCCGUAUCUGCGGGAUAUCGGUGUGGCAGGCAAAGAUUUGAGACUAGCGAAAGAGGCAGCUGGUUUUGAAUCAGAGGAGCUGCCGCUAUGA